UGCGUUUAAUCGUGAUUCUCCGUAAUCGGAGCCGGGAAGUGAAUAGUGAUUAGUGCUCCAGUUACUAGAGACUGUGCGUUCUCGAGCGAAUUCUUCCGAAAUGUCGUCCCUUUCGAACGCUACCGUCCUGGCAAUCGCUGCCACCGUGGUUCCCGACUCACAGUUCGUCUUCAACGGCACGGAUUACGGCGUGUUCGCCCUGGUGCUGUGCAUCUCUGCCGCCAUUGGAGUCUACUUCGGAUUCUUUGCCAAGGGGGAGGACACCACCGAGGAGUACCUCAUGGGCGGCAAGCGGAUGAAAACGAUUCCCAUCGCCAUUUCGCUGGUGGCCAGUCAGCUGUCGGCGAUCUCCAUAAUGACCAUUCCGGCGGAAAUGUACGCCUACGGCAUCAAUUGGUUCUUCAACGUGGUGUGCAUGGUAGUUGUGGUGCCACUGCUCAACUACGUGGUGAUCCCAGUUUUCUACAACAACAACAUCACAAACUGCUAUGAGUACUUGGAGAUGCGCUUCAGUCGCAAGGUGCGAGUGCUGCUGACCUUCUUGUUUAUUAUGACGAUGUUCUUCAUGCUCCCGAUCUUUAUCUUCCUGCCCUCCCUGGCCUUUGCACAGGUGACUGGCUUCAAUGUGCACCUCAUCAACACUGUGGUGUGCGGCAUCUGCGUCUUCUACACCAUGUUUGGAGGUAUCAAGGCUGUGGUCUGGACCGAUGUUAUCCAGGCAGCCAUUAUGGUUGCCUCCGUGGUCCUAGUGGGCGUGAUGGGCGCUCACCGAGUGGGAGGCUUCUUCGAAGUGCUGCGCAUCGCCGGGGAAGGUGGACGCCUGGAUAUUAACUACACCUUUGACCUGACCACGCGCUCCACCAUCUGGAACACGUUCAUAUCGGCGACAAUGAUGUGGACGGGAUAUGUGGGCCUGAACCAGAGCUGCGUGCAGCGAAUCGUGUCCCUGCCUUCACUAGCUCACGCCAGAAGAUCCCUGGUGCUCUUUGGCUUCGGGUUCAUCCUGAUCAUGUUCUUCAACUGCUUCACUGGCAUUGUGAUGUACUCCCGCUUCCACGACUGCGAUCCCCUCCAGUCUGGCCACGUCUCCAAGGUGGACAAGAUGGUUCCGUAUUUCGUGCAGGAUACCGUAGGCAAUCUGUGGGGCAUGCCAGGCGUCUUCAUUUCCUGCGUGUUCAGUGCCGCCCUCAGCACACUUUCCGCCAGCAUUAACUCCUUGGGAGGAGUUGUCUACUUUGACUACAUCAAGCCCUACAUUCGGCACACGGAGCACCGGGCCAACGUGAUUAUGAAAUCGUUCGUUUUCUUCUCUGGAAUCUACUGCAUCCUGGGUGGAUUGAUCGUGGAGAACUUCAACUCCAUUCUGCAGGUGAUCUAUUCCAUUGGAGGCAUGAGCUUCGGCUCGACGUGUGGCGUUUUUAUGCUGGGAAUGCUGGUUCCGAAAGUCCACGGCAAGGCUGCCUUAAUUGGAGUUCUUGGCAGCAUUGCCUGCAUGGCCACCAUUGUGACUUUGAGUUGGGGCCGCAAUCACUACGACACUCUGCCCACGAGCACAUCCGGUUGUCCGGCUUCUUUGAACGCAACCAUAACGGACUUCAGCACAGCUUCACCUCUGAUCCUUGGCUCCACCACAGAAGCCCCUGUGGUGGACAAGGGAUUCAGCAUCCUGGACCUCUCCUUUAACUGGUACACGGUCGCAGGCUUCAUCAUCACCUGGCUGUUGGGUAUUGCGAUGAGUUUCUUCCUGAAGUCUGGGCCCGGUUACAAACUGGACCCCAAGCUCCUGUCCCCGGUGGUGCAGCCUUUCGUCCACUACAAACUGACGCCGUCUGAGGAACCCGAGCAGUUCAAGCUGGAGAAACCCGAAAAGGUCUGAGAUUCGAAUUGGAACUUAAGGAUUAAGAUAUGCUUUAUAAGCAUAGAUGUGUUAUAUUAUACAAUAGGAAUAUGAAUAUAUCGAGAUA